GGGAGGAGGGAUAGGACGGGCUGUCUGGGAAUCCUCGGCUGACUGUGCCUGGCUCAGGAGUCACUCGCACCGAGUGGACCAUGCUCUGAGGAUGCUUUGAGCCAGAGGCUGCCCCCACCCGAGAAGUGAACUCGUCAGUCUGUCCACUCAUUGUGGGGGAGAUGAAGGGUACAUGGCACACCAGCUGAGGAGAGUAAUGAACAUCUUGUUCCUUGCUAUGGUUAUCUCAUCCUGUGGUUGCCCGCAAGCUGCCCCGAUGAACGAAGCUGUGGACCGAGGAGCCUCGCUCUACCCGGGGCUGCGGCCUUACGGGACUCUGGCCGGUGGCGAGGGGCCAGGGGGCUCCUCUUCCCGGGGACUCGGGGCUUUGGCCAACUCGGUGGGCCAUGUGCUGGAAGAGCUCCUGGAAGUGGACAGGGAGGCUCGGCCGAGCGACGGCGGAGGGGGAGGUCCAGACCAGGACGGCGACUUGUACUCGUCUCGGGUGAUGCUGAGCGGCCAGGUGCCUUUGGAGCCGCCUUUGCUCUUCCUGAUGGAGGAGUACAGGAACUACUUAGAGGCGGCAAACAUGUCGGCCAGGGUGAGGCGCCACUCCAACCCAGCGCGCAGAGGGGAACUCAGUGUCUGUGACAGUGUCAGCCAAUGGGUGACGGCAGAUAAGAAAAAGACAGCAGUGGAUAUGUCGGGCCAAACGGUCAACGUCUUGGAGAAGAUUCUGGUCCAGAACGGUCAACUCAAGCAGUACUUUUACGAGACCAAAUGCAAUCCCAAGGGUUUCACUAACGAAGGCUGUAGAGGAAUAGACAAGAAACAUUGGAACUCCCAGUGCAAAACCAGCCAAUCUUAUGUCCGAGCCCUCACUAUGGAUAGCAGGAGAAAAAUUGGGUGGAGAUUUAUAAGGAUAGACACUUCCUGUGUAUGUACAUUGACCUUUAAGAGAGGCAGAUAGUGAAUUAGUGUAUAUAGAUUUUAUUGAGAAGUUAUCUAUUUGUAUAUAAAUAUUACAUACAGCGUAAAU